AUGUUGUACAUCCUUCCUGAACUCUUGAAUUGUCUAUCAGACUCUCGUCUCAUUAAUCACAUUGUGGCAACUGUUCCUAAAAUUCUGUCCAAAAUGGUUUCUACCAGCAACGAGAACACUUGGGAAUCAGUGGUCAAACAAACAUUGGAAAACACCUGCUUGCAGCUUCCAGAUGACCAUUGGCUUGUGGUGAUCAUCAACAAGGGAGAUCUUACUAAAAUUGAUGAAAUCCGUAAGACUUUCAAUGAUGACACAACUCAAUCAAUGGGGUUUAUAGGGAAACUCACAUCAGAAAAUCACAUGUGGGACAAUCGAAAUCCGCUGAAUAGGAUCGAUUCAGGUGAUGGUGAGAUGGAAGAUAACAGAAAGACAACAAAUCGAUUCAUGAGGAAAAUGAUAGAAUCUAUUUCUGAAAGUUGCUCCACUUGUCUUGAUGAAGAAGAUAAUGGUUGGGGAACAGUAGUAACCAGUAGUAUACUACCUUCGGCCCUCAAAUUCACCGUCUCUCGUCUUGCGCCACGGAAGUUCAAACAAGAAUUCAUUGAACGUAUCAUCAAGAAAGAACCCCAUGACGACCCGUUAUUAUUCUCACAAUUUCCCCAGAUCAUUGCACUGAAAGAGGUAUCGCGGCCCAUGCAGUGA